AUGGCGGACGAGGAGAGCGGCGGCGGCGGGGCGCUCCCGCGGCUUCGCAAGAGGCGGAGGUUCGACUGCUGCCUGGGCCUGUGCUGGGUGCUUAACCUGACGACUGGCGUGUCAGCGAUGCUGUGCCUCGUGGCGCACGGGAUGGCAGUCAUUGUGGGGCCGGAAUUCAAUGAGGGUCUAAACGCCUUCACAGAGCAGACAUUGAGGCUCUAUGGCAUUCUGUUCUCGUUGAUAAUAAUGCUGGUGGAAACUGAGUGGCAGUUCUUUUUGGACAAGCUGCGCAUACUGGAGGGUUUUGUCUGGAGGAGCCUGGCACAGCUGUUCCUGGCCAUCUUGACGUUGCAGCUUGUAACCGUGCCAGAGCGCGACACAAACGAUGGCUCAAAGGAGGGGGUGGGCAAUGGAUCGCAGGGUGGUGGAUCGCAGGAUGAUUUUGAGAAGUCAGUCAGAUUGUAUGGGCAAGUGUCAGGGAACCUGAUGCUUGGGUGCUCUGCUGUCUACUUCCUGGCGGGCCUUGUGUGCUGUGGGAGCAUAAAAAGGGCGCGUCAGAAGCGUGUUUCUGAAAAGACACGCUUGGAGAGGGACCUCCAAGCCCUGGGAAGGAGGGAACAAGAGCUCAAACACCUGUUGGCAACUUACUCUGGCGAGUAG